CGGUCGCACAUUCCCAGAGGCUCGCUAGCUACGAAAUUUGUUUAAAUCAAUUAAAAUUGCCUCCUUUUUGUCCCAGCUACAAAUCAUUUACGAUAAUUUGAUAACAAAAAAGAAAAGAAAACAAAAUUUGGCUCUCGUGUUCUUGUCAAACGUGGUAUUUUUUUUUCGCUCCGUGUGUGUGUGUUGCGCGAUCUUAAAUCGAUUGUAUUGUGUUUAAAACAGCUGUCAGCAAAGCAAGCAAAUCUCAGCCCAAGCCGUUCGGCGUGCCGUUUUGUAAGCUAGUGGCAACUAUUGGGUACUCGGUGCACUGCUGAUAAUACUGACCGCCAGCUGUCUGCCCAGCGCGAUCGCGUCGCCUCGUCGCAUGGUUGGUCGACACUUGAUACUGCCGCAUCGCCAUCACGUGCAUCUGCGCUCCGCGGGACAGGAGCAUCAUCCGCCGCCAAAUAGAUUCAUGAACUGCAUGGUGGGAAUGAAUGUGACCGAGGCGAGUACCGCACAUGCGAUAAUUGUCAGCGAGGAGACACGUAAUGCCACCAUUGAUCUGCUGGAAUCAUGGCUGCAGUUGAAAGACUUCAACUCAAUGGAGGAAGCCAAGCGGCAAUAUAGACUGCAUGAUCUCGACCUGGAGUAUCCGCUCAAAGAAGCUGCCAACAAUAGUGACUACGACGGCGAGGACAGUGAGUCCCCGGAAGUAGAGCUCGAAAAAAUAUUCGAAUCGCUAAGCAAACUCCGUCAGCUGAUGAGCCACAUCAACAAGUUCUUGCCCAAUGAUUGGUACAAGGACUACUUCAAUAGCUUCGAGGACAAGCUGGAACACAACAUGUCCGUGGCCGCCAAUAUGCUGGGCAUACAAAAUUGCCCCAUGGAGCCCACGAAUGAGGUGCCCGCGCACAGGCACAAUCAUCCGCUGCUGGAGUUCGCCAUUGUCGAGGAGAUGACCCGGCUGCUGAAUGUGCUGGAGAAAAAGUAUAGGGUCAUGCAUCGACGUGUGAUGGAGGCUGCGAAUGCCUAGAACUUUGUCACAGACGAAGCCCUAAAGAACGUACAAGCAAAUGCCAAAAAAUAAGAAGAAGGAGAAGAAGAAGAAGCAAAAGAUAAGGGGGAAAAACUAAUCUAAACUAAGCAGCAUAUCGAAUUCUAACGCAAUUUUUUUGCCUUACAUUAAUAUUAUUAUUAUUAUUUUUUAAUCCUGCAUGCCAUCUAUGUUUACUAAUAGCCUGUAUUAGUUAAUACUGAACCCUCUCACCGCUCACGUUGAUUAUUUAUUUAAUAUUAUUUAAUUUAAAUAUAUGUAUACUAUAUAUAUAUACUUUUUAUGCGCAUAUACGAUAUAGUUAUUUGUCAAUUUUCAUCAUUUGUUAUUAUUUAUGCAU